AUGAGUAUCGAGGAGGUGCCCGUCAAGUCGGUGGUCAACCGCGUGGGUCACCAGCUGAAGAAGGCCCUUUCCGAGAAGGGCAUGGCGCUGCUGGUCAACCACGGCAUAUCCGAUGAGAAGCUCAAGACUGCCUGGGAUCACCUGGAUGACUUUGUGGACCUGCCGCCGGAUGUCAAGCAACAUUACAUCCGAACAGAUGGCGACAAACACGGUUACGUGAGUCGCGGACAGCAGCAUCGUUUUGAUGGAAAGGCUCCGGAUCUGCGACAUGCCUUCAAUAUCAGCACGCUGAAUGCCCAGAACCUGCCCGAGGAACCGCUUCCCGGAUUCGCGGACCACAUCAGCACCUUGGCGACAGACUUCAAGGCCCUGGCCAGUUUCAUCCUCCAGGCGCUGGCCGUCUCGCUGGACAUUCCGCACACCUUCUUCCUCGAAAAGCACUCACACAUGUUGUCGGGCGACCACGACAACAUGAGCUCCCUGCGCAUGCUCUACUAUCCCCCGGUGGUGGACGACGAGCCCGGCCAGAACGAUGUGAUCAAGGGUCGGUGCCAGUACAGCUACCAGCGCUGUCUCUCCAACCAGCCGGACUUCCGUCCGGAGCACAAUCCCCGCGACGAAGACGACCUCAACGACGGGGUAGACGGCCCCAAUGGCCAGCUUUUUGAGCACAAACUGGGCAAUGGAGCAGUCAUCCGAUGCCCUGCCCAUGUCGACUAUGGCACUUUCACCCUGCUGGCCCAGGACUCAGAGGGCGGACUCGAGAUCAAGUUGCCAGGAAGCGAGAAGUGGAACCGCGUCGGUCACUUGCCCGGCUCCAUUCUUGUCAACUGUGGCCAGAUUUUGAAUAUCUGGACACAGGAACGUUAUCCCGCACUGCAACAUCGCGUCGUUAUUCCCGAACAGGAGAGCAUUAGAGCUCGUGGUCGGCAUUCGAUCGCCUUCUUCUGCCAUCCGGAUAACAUGACAUCCAUAUCCCCCAACGAUCUGCCCAACCCAGACGCCGCCCAGGAUAAGGCGUUACUCAAGCAGCGAAAGAAGUCCUUCAAGGCGGCGAAAGAAAGAGUCUACAAUGCAUAUCAGUUAAUUCAGAAAAAGUUUAGAGAUACGUAUAGCAGUAACAACCACUCAUAACGUCGGGACAGACCGUCGAGCCAUCCAUUGCAUCUCUACCUGAAACGGGAAUGAAGUUCACAUCGCGAAAUCGUGGAAAUUGUGGCGAGGGAAAGCGAAAAAUGAAAAGCCAACAAUACAUAUGAUGUUUUGAACCUUUUUAUUAUUACCUUUACGUUUAUUCCAUACGAUUGUAAUUGCUUCAUUUCAUUAAUUUAUAUGUAUCGAGAUACUAUAUACAAUACAUGCAUACACCAUAAACAUAUACCUUUUGUAUAAUAAAUAUAUAUGUAUAAUUUAA